AUGAAGGCCCUGGAAGAAGCUGAGCUGUGCUUUCCACAACUCAACAACUCCUGCAGGAAGACAAUACGCCCUGAAUUGGAAGAUGUGCUCAUUUACAGUCUGCUGUCCUGCAUUACUCUGCUCACUGUGACACUCAACUUGUUGGUAGUCAUCUCCAUCUCCCACUUCAGGCAGCUCCACACCACCACCAACCUCCUCAUCCUUUCUCUGGCUGUCGCAGACUUCCUUGUGGGUUUCCUGCAGAUGCCAAUUGAAAUCCUCCUCUUCCAAGGCUGCUGGAUGCUGGGUGACUUUGUAUGCGCUGUUAAUUACUUUUUAGGUUUCCUUAUUGUCAGUGUUUCAGUAGGAAACAUGGUGCUCAUAUCAGUCGACCGCUAUGUGGCGAUUUGUGACCCCAUGUUGUACUCCACCAAAGUCACUCUGAAAAGAGUUAAGUUCUGCAUUGCUCUGUGUUGGAUAUUUUCAGCUGUUCACAGCACCUGGAUACUGAGGGAUUUAUUGAAACAACCAGACAGGUAUAGAUCCUGUUAUGGAGAGUGUCUUAUUGUAAUGAAUUAUGUUGAAGGAGCUUUUGACUUUGCUGUGACCUUUUUUGGCCCCAUUGUUAUCAUUGUAGUUCUGUAUAUGAGAGUAUUUGUGGUGGCUGUGUCUCAGGCUCGUGCCAUGCGGUCACAUAUUGCAGCUGUCACACUCCAGCGGUCAAAGACAGUAACUGCUAAGAAAUCUGAGAUGAAGGCAGCCAGGACUCUAGGUGUUGUUGUAGUUGUGUUUGUUCUGUGCUCAUGUCCAUAUUACUGUUUCACUGUCGCAGCUGAGAACAACCUGAUGGAGGCGACAUCUGUAGUGGCUCAGCUUUGGCUGUUGUAUUCAAACUCCUGUCUAAACCCUAUUAUCUAUGCCUUUUUCUACCCCUGGUUCAGAAGAUCUAUUAAACACAUUCUUACACUUCAGACAUUUAAGCCCGGCUCAUAUGAUACCAACAUACUAUAG